UGUUUAAAAUGAGUUUGGUUUUCAAGUGUCAGAUAUUUGAAGAGAUGGUGUAAAAGAUGAGAUCAGUAUUGAUCACUUUAUGACUAUAUUGUGUACCAGAAGUUUGUAUAUAUAUAUAAAGUUGGUUACAUACUCUUAUGUGUGGUUAAAGUUUUCUGACAUUACACAAAGCAAAAUGCUGCAUCAGGAUUAGAGUAUAAAAAACAGGUUUUUAAGAAGUGAAAAUUGAGAUUUCAAAAAGAAAAUACAGAUGUUGUUGUGGCAAUUAAGUGGAUUUUUGAAUGUUAGUUGAAAGAGUUUAGUUAAUUGAUAUUUUUUUUGGAGGAUUGACUCUUGUGUGACUUACUGUAAAAUAAUAUCAUAGUUCAAAAGUGACUCGGCAGUUUUAAUACUAUAUCACUGGUGAAUCAGUUUUUAUGUGAAUUUAUUAGUUGACAACUAUCAUUAAAGUUGGUGAACUGUGCUAAAAAUUGGGAUUAUUUUGUCAUAAAGGAAUAUAGUGUGUCUAGUCAGUGAGUUCCUAUGAAAAGGCUUACAUGUGAAGGAGUAAUAUUUUCAUUCAUAAAUGUGUGAAUAAUACAGCGUCAUUUCAGAAUGUAACAUAAAGGAAACAAAACAAGCGGUGACAUCCCUAUAGUGCAUUAGUGUGUAAACAUAAACCAAUCAACAUGAGCGGAUACAACAUGAACCAGGGAUCUACACGCGCAGUGAACCAGGCGGGCUACAUGGACCUCUCCGACAUGCCGAUGGACAACAAGCACCAGCAGACCAUGAUGUGGCAGCAGAACCAGUAUAUGGGAGACUCUGGCAUCCAGUCUGGUGCCACCACUCAGGCCCCCUCCAUCAGUGGCAAGAGCCAUGCGGAGGACCUUGAGGGCGAUGAACAAAACAUGGAUACCUCGAGGAUGAUGUUUAACUGGGCUGACCAGGGCAUGGGACAGGGAUUCACACAGGAACAGGUUGAUGACAUGAACCAGCACCUAAACCAGACCCGAUCCCAUCGUGUGCGGGAGGCCAUGUUCCCCGAGACACUGGAAGAAGGGCUACAGAUCCCUUCAACCCAGAUUCACCCUGACCAGCCAACUGCUGUGCAGCGAUUGGCUGAGCCCUCACAGAUGCUGAAACAUGCCGUUGUCAAUUUGAUCAACUACCAAGACGAUGCUGACUUGGCAACAAGAGCGAUUCCCGAGCUUACCAAGCUUCUUUGUGAUGAUGAUCAAGUUGUUGUCAGUCAGGCGGCAAUGAUGGUGCACCAACUCUCCAAGAAAGAAGCCAGCCGCGCAGCGAUCAUGAAUUCACCUCAGAUGGUUGCGGCUCUUGUCCGAGCAAUGAGCAACACAAAUGACACUGAGACAACACGGUGCGCAGCAGGAACCCUGCACAAUCUUUCACACCACAGGCAAGGCCUUCUGGCAAUCUUCAAGUCUGGAGGCAUUCCUGCUCUCGUGAAACUGUUGAGCUCUCCAAUGGAGUCAGUGCUGUUCUACGCGAUCACAACCCUUCAUAAUCUUUUGCUUCACCAAGAUGGAUCUAAGAUGGCGGUCCGACUUGCUGGAGGCUUGCAGAAGAUGGUUGCCCUUCUACAGAGGAAUAAUGUCAAGUUCCUGGCAAUCACAACAGACUGUCUGCAGAUCCUGGCCUACGGCAAUCAGGAGAGCAAGUUGAUCAUCCUUGCGAGCGGUGGACCCGGGGAGCUGGUACGCCUGAUGAGGUCGUACACGUACGAGAAGCUGCUGUGGACCACAUCGCGGGUGCUCAAGGUUCUCUCGGUGUGCCCCAGUAACAAGCCGGCUGUUGUUGAAGCUGGCGGUAUGCAGGCCCUUGCCAACCAUCUGGGUCAUGGAAGCCAACGUCUCGUACAGAACUGUCUCUGGACACUCAGAAACCUCUCAGACGCAGCCACCAAAGUGGACAGCAUUGAGAACCUCCUACAGAUGCUUGUACAGCUUCUCUCGUCCAACGACAUCAACGUGGUCACAUGCGCGGCAGGAAUCCUGUCCAAUCUGACGUGUAACAAUAUGCGUAACAAGAUGAUCGUGUGCCAGUUUGGUGGUAUCGAGGCGCUUGUGAGGACAAUCUUGCAGGCAGGGGACAGGGAGGAUAUUACAGAACCAGCGGUGUGUGCCCUCCGUCACCUGACCUCGCGCCACCACGAGGCCGAGAUGGCCCAGAAUGCCGUACGUCUGCACUAUGGCCUUCCUGUACUGGUGAAACUUCUCCACCCACCAAGCAGGUGGCCUCUCAUCAAGGCUGUUGUUGGGCUUAUCAGGAAUCUGGCUUUGUGCACAGCCAACCACGCCCCACUGAGAGAGCAUGGAGCACUACCUAGAAUUGUGCAGCUCAUGAUCAGAGCUCACCAAGACACACAGAGGCGUGCCUCAAUCAGCUCCAACGGCCAGGGAUCCGGCUAUGUUGACGGUGUACGUAUGGAGGAGAUCGUCGAAGGAACAGUUGGAGCCCUGCACAUCCUCGCACGGGAACAGCACAACAGAGCUGUCAUCAGGGGACUUAACUGUAUCCCACUGUUUGUACAGCUGCUGUACUCCCCAGUGGAGAACAUUCAGCGUGUGGCUGCAGGUGUCCUCUGUGAGCUCGCCUCUGACAAGGAAGGGGCUGAGAUGAUUGAACAAGAGGGUGCUACCGCCCCACUCACAGAGCUGCUGCACUCCAGAAAUGAGGGAGUUGCCACAUACGCUGCAGCAGUGUUGUUCCGAAUGUCUGAGGACAAGCCCCAGGACUACAAGAAGAGGUUGUCUGUAGAACUGACCAGCUCCCUCUUCAGAGGCGACCAGAAUAUGCCCUGGUCUGAGCCCCCAGGUUUUGAAGAUGUAAAUUUCGGAAGCCAGGAUGAGUACCGCCAAAGUGAUCAGCCAAUGACAUAUGGCCAUGGUUCUCAGCAGAAUAUGAGCGGUUCCCAGCAUGAUAUGAGCCGAGGCUACGACAGUCAGCUACCCAUUGACUCCAUGCAGGGACUCGAUCUUGGCAGUCAGCAAGGCGGAAACCAGCCAUACAUGGAUGACCUGAACAUCGGCCCCCAGGGCGAUCUCAGCUUCCCACAGAUGGAUAGCCACGGGAUGCCACCUCAGUCAGGCGCUGGGGACGCUGGGCAUGGCUGGUUCGAUACUGAUCUCUAGACAAUGUGUGUGGGAUGAUAUGGGGGGGGGGGCCUGGGGGGAUUUUUAUCACUGCAGGGCCAUUUUUAUUGUUUUUAGUCGAAACUUGUGAAUGUGACAAAAUAUAUGAGGACAGAGGCGAUACAAUAUAUACAUUUUAUGUGGAAUGAACUAUAAACAUGCUCUAGCUAUUGCCAGCAUACAAAAACCACGUCAAUAUUGUGUGUUCGAAUUUCAACUUCUGAAUAUGUUUUUAAUUCAUGAAUUAUGGAAAACAUCAAAAAUGGAAUAUACUGAAGUAUAAAUUGAAUCCGAGUAUGAUUUAUCUUGAUUGACAAAAAGCCAUCAAAUGAAAGCAUCAAAUGGAAUAGAAGUGAUUUGAUGAAAUGGUUGUUUUUUGUAUACGUGUUCUACAAUAUCCGGCAUAUUUAGUGUGAAUAGUUGUAUAUAGACUAUUAGUUCCCAUUACAAUGUAAUAGAUAUUUAGACUGUAGCGAAAAGUAUUUAGCUGUUCUGCAGAAGGGAAUAUUGUUAUGUGCCUCAUGUAUUUAUCAUAUCUCAAACAAUAUAAUUUUUUUUUCGUAAAAUGGAAACUUUUGUUUCCAGGGGAGGUUAUCUACUUUGUGGACUAAAUUUAACUGUAGAGUUACUUCCCCUUAUGUGAUUAUGAUUUUAGAUCUGUGUUUAUUAAUCAAAUGGAAGCAAGUGUUUUUACCAUUGUACAAAGGCAUGCUUUUAGUCUUUUAUCCUUGUUACAACUGAUUUUAAUUACGUUUUAUAUGCCACUUACAUAUAUUCGUAAUACUUUUGUAAUAUUUUGGACCUUAUCAGAAGGAAUGUGUUCAUAACAUUUUUCAUGAAAUUGAUAACUCUAAUUGGCUGAAUAAAUAAAAAAAUGAUCAAUUCAAAUGUGAUAAGUUUGGAAAAUGAAAUAUUGAAAUAUUUGGAAUCCAUCGCUCGUAAAAGAAUCUCUAGAACUAUUAAAAAUAUCUAAAACAAUUCAAAUUUUGAAUAAGACCAAGAGUUUGUGAUCAAAGUUUUAAUUGUAUAUGCCAGUAGGGGAGCAGUUUUACAUGAGUUGGCAUUUAUUCAUUUGAAAAAGAAUGUAGCAGUGUACUUACCAACGAUAAUACAGCAGCGUUUUUGUCUAGUUGUAUAUAGUCUAUAUUCAGAUAUAUUUUUAAGAUUAUAUAAACUAUACAGAAAACAUAUUUGCUUGCUUCAUUUCUUCCAAUAUUUAAUGAAUAGGUUGAAUUAAAAGAAUGCAAAUGUGAAAGUUGCUUGUGUUUCUGUUGAAAUGAACACAGUUUCAUGGAAAUACUUUUAUUUUAUGUUCAAAAUGUUUGUGUAAAGGUUUGUUAUGUGCAAAUUAUAAUACGAACACUAACCGCCAUCUUCAUUCAUUUUCAACUCAGCAGUUCAACUGUGCCCACCAAAAAUUACCUUGUAAAUAGUUUAUAUUGUGCAUUUUAUUUUUUAACUCUUUACAUUUUUUUUAUUUGAAAACCAAUUAAACAAUAACUUUAAUUCGAAAUUGUAGGAUUUCUCUUCCAAACAAUUACCAUCUUAUUUUUUCAUGAAAUAGAGCAAUGAAUUCUAAGCAACACUUCCACUUAUUUUGCCUGUGAUGUUAAAUUCGGUUCUUACAUUAAAAUGUAUCUUUGUAUUUAUUCAUGAACUAGACCAGUGGUGUAACAGUGUUCAUGUAGUGAGUGUAGUCGAGUCACUAUAUGGCAGGUUUAUGUUGUGUAGAUUAAAAACAGUAAGCUCUUUUCCAUUAGUUUGUCAGAAAAAUAUGCAGAAUUUUUAGUCAUGAAGUUUGUAUUUUUUUGUAAUCUUUUGGUUUUCAGACGUUUUUGUACAUAUUAAGAAAAUCAUUCUACAUUAUUGUCACCCAUCGUAAAACCAACUUCUCUGUGUGAAAUGUAAAGACUUAUUUCUGAAUAAAGAUGACAUUUUUGUA